UUGUCACUAUAAACCGUCGUCUAUGCACUGCAUUACACCUCAAAUGGAGAAGAGUGGAUUAAAAACUUACCUAUAAUAGACCACAUUAGAUGAUCGAACGGAGGACCUAGCAAUAUCAGUGCCAUGGACCACUGGAUUGCGAUAUUUCAGUGAAGGAUGGAGUCCGGGGAUGGAGUCUAUAGGCUCUAUGUUGGGUAGAAUGAAUCAUUAACUUCCCAAUUGCUUCCUGGUAAUGGGUCAUUCUACAUCUGUACGGGAACAGUAUAAUAUUUGAACCAUGAAACGAAUACGGAGGUCGAUGUGGCGCAUUACAAGCCAACGUCUCUACCCUCGCUCGAAUAAUCUAUACGUCGCGAUGACCGAAGACGAUCUCGAAGUGGAUGUCAGCGACGACGACGCUCAGAAUGGAGGCGUUACGAACAACGGCUUGAAGCGAAGAGAGGAAAUGGAGGUGGACAGCGACGAGGUAACCAAUCGCGUGGUCAUCAAUCGGGGCUGCUAUUCGAUGUCCGAAUUUCAUGAGCAGCACGGAUAUCACCGAAAGACUCAACCGGGCCCGAGGGAGUACGUGCAAAGCAAGAUCAAGCGAUGUCGAUGCGGAGUGGAUAAGAUUGUUGGUCUACUGCUCUACAUCUUCCCUGCUUUUGACUGGCUUCGUAGGUACAACCUUAGGACUGAUGCUGUUGGAGAUUUGAUGGCUGGAAUCACAGUUGGUAUUGUUAACAUACCACAAAGUAUGGCGUUUUCUCUUUUAGCCGUUCUACAUCCAGUGUAUGGUCUGUAUACAGCAUUCUUUGCACCUCUGGCCUUCUUCUUCAUGGGUUCAUCCAGACAUUCAUCAGUGGGUACAUUUGGUGUCAUCAGUAUUCUAUGUGCCGAUGCUGUUGAGAGGAUUGUAGGUGAAAGAUACCCACCCACCGAACUACCAUCAACCACUGAACCACUCACAACCCUACCAAUGCAAUCCUCUUCCUUCUUCACUACUACAUCUAUGAUGAUGAACGCUACUACGCCUGCGCCGUGUGGACCAAUCUGUGACGAGAGACUGCAGAUUCAUACCACACUUUGUCUUAUGGUCGGCUUGAUACAGAUGUUAAUGGCUAUUUGUCGCCUCGGCUUUGUUACUACGUACCUUGCUCAGCCUCUCGUUCGGGCAUUCACCACUGGUGCUGCAUGUCACGUGAUCACGAGUCAGGUGCCACCAUUAUUUGGUCUGGUUCUCCCUCGAUAUGCUGGUCCACUCAGUCUUAUUUACACUUGGCGUGAUAUCUUUAUCAACCUUCCUAAGACGAAUGUGGCCACAUUUCUUUUCGGACUGCUUACUUUUCUUAUCUUAGCCCCCGGCAAAUACCUUUCUGAGAGGUAUAAAAAGCAGCUCAAAAUACCAAUUCCUUGGGAACUCUUUGUUGUCAUCAUCACAAUUCUCAUAUCCUACUUGGUUAAUGUCGGGGAGAAGUAUGGCGUUGAUAUAAUAGGAGAUGUCCCUGUUGGAUUUCCCAAACCUACUGUCCCAUCUCUGCCAUCUGGUGUAGCCAUCAGUGAUCUAAUAGGAUCUGCCAUCGCCAUAGCUAUUGUGGGCUUUGCAGUGUCUGUAUCUCUUGCCAAAAUUUUCGCAAGCAAAAAUGAUUACGAAAUUGAUGCAAACCAGGAACUUCUUGGAUAUGGUGCCGCUAAUGCGUCGUCAUCCUUCUUUCUUUGCUUCGUGUCCGCCUCCGCUCUGGCUAGGGUAGCCCUCAUCGAUGGCGCAGGAGGAAAGUCACAGAUUUCUAUGUUGGUUUCAUCAAUUAUCAUCAUGUUCGUUCUUCUCGUCAUAGGCCCUCUCUUUGAACCCUUACCAAAGUCUGUGUUGGCUGCGAUCAUCAUUUAUGCAUUACGAAGAAUCGUUUUCCAAAUAACCGAAAUAAGAGGGCUUCUCAAGACUUCCAAAGUAGAUUGUUCCAUCUUUGUCGUGACGUUCCUAUCGGUUUUCAUCCUCGGUGUGGAUCUUGGUCUUGGUGUCGGGGUCGUAUUUGCUCUCUUCACCGUGAUCGUAAGGACUCAACUUCCCAUCUACAGCGAGCAAGGUCGUCUUGUCGACACCGAGCUCUAUCGCGAUGUCCAAACAUACAGAUCAGUGAAAACAAGACCAGGGAUGGUGAUUUUCAAGAUGCAAACCACGUUGUAUUAUGCCAAUGCCCAGCAGUUCAGACAGAGAGUUUUACGGGCUACUGGAAUAAACCCUGUUACACGAUUAGCUGAAAUCCGCAGAGAAGAGGCGGCUAAAGAAAGAAACAAAGAUGGAACACUGGAAACCAGUAUGGCGAUGAAAGAAAUCGAUGUAGCCAAAGAUGACUUGCAUUCUCUCCUCAUUGACUGUAGUUUAUUUGGUUUCAUCGAUGUAACAGGCGUUACCACUUUACUUGCUCUCGUCAGGGAUUACGACAGGAUUGGCAUAGCAACCGCCUUCUGCUCAUGCCCAGAUUCUGUGAUGCAGUCGAUCAAGUUGAUUGGUCAUCUUGAUGAUGAGAGUGAUAACUUCUAUCCUUCCAUUCACGACGCUGUAUUGGCUUUGUCAAGGAAACAUGCUCUUAAGGACAAAACACCAUCACAAGCAGAGACGGUAUCCGUUGACAACAGAGAUUUCGAAAACUCAACAAAUGAAGCAACAAAACUCUAGAACAUUCAAAUCAUCGAUCGGACGGGGAUAAUUCUUGGUGACACUGAAUCGAUGGUUGGUUUCCUAAGCAUAGAGUAUAGCAUCGGUUUUAUUAUUUACAGUUCAGAGUAGAUGUACACUUUACUUCUUUGGAAGAAUGUGAAUUUUGGGGGUGAAUUGAAGAUGAAAUUCUGUGUGGUGUAGGCUUGAUGGUGGGCGAAAUGAAAUACAAAAGAAAUUAAUUCAGUCAUGGUUUACCAAUAUUAACUCUGAAUAUGUAUAAGUGACCUUCUGUUGGCGAUAAAGAUAUCAGAUUCUUUACCAAAUAAGUUGUUAAAGUUGAUUCGACUAAUUUAAAGAAUGCAUUAAUUAUUUGAUAUAGGUUCGUUAACAUAGACACACAUGUCUGGAGAUCGGAAUAUUCUACGUUUGAAUCUUAAAAUGAAAAUUAUAAAUCCCGUUAUGUAUGAAUUCAUUCAUGGGAUUGUGUAUGAAUUAAGCAUUAUUUUGGGAGUAAUUGGCGUUUAAUACUUAAAUGUGAAUAUAAAGGAGUAUGAACUACAUUAUUUACACCUUUAGUACAUUUUUCCUGUAAAAUGUCUUAUUCUCAGAGAAUGUACAAUUGUCUAAAUUGAUUAAAUCGAAAUGAGUAUGUUUAUUUUCAGUAUACCAACAAUACACACCAUCUCUGAACUCGAAUUAUUCACAAUUAUUUCCUAUCAUUUUGAUGCUUGUUUAGUAAUCAUUAAUAAACGACAUUUUAUCUCAUAAAUUGCAUUGUAGUGGCCUUUUGAACAGUCAUACUAUAUUAUUCCGUGUGAUAUCAGCUUUAUUUCAUUCCGUUUAUUUUGAUAUAGAAAUGUUUAGAGUUCAUACCACUUUUAUAAAAAAAUAUAUAUAUAUCUAUAUCUACAAAAUAUGUUUGAUCAAUUAUUCUUCUUACGGGGUUUAAAAUGUGUUGUGUGUUUGCAAAAUGUAUGAAAUAAUCAUCUUACUUUGAUUUUCAUCAAUUUAUGGUGCUUAUGUGUUUAUAAACUAUAUUAAUCAUUUGUUUUCUAUUUUUUGUAUAAAACUCUUCUGGAAUAAAAUGCAAAGAUAUGUUUAUUCGACAUGCUUUAAUCCCCAAUUUUGUGUCUGUUGUUGCUGAAAUACAUAUGUUUCCAUUGUAAUGUAAAUUUGAAUUCUCUCUUCUAACCUUAUAAAGGUAUAUUCCCCCCCCCAAACAAAAAAAAAAUCGACAAUGAGCAAUUUAAACAAAAUUUUUGAGUGAUUCCUGAGUGAACUUUCAUAGAAUUUCAUACUAGGCUUCCAUGUAUUUAUUUUGAAAAUGUAAGUUUUACUCCCUUUACUAAUCAUAAUUAGGAAAUGAAGCAAACAACUUGAAACCCUUAAUUGGAUUGAAUGCAUAUGAAAUUGACGAUGUACUAAACUAUAUUAAUCAUUUGUUUUAUAUUUUGGUAUCAAAACUCUUCUGGAAUAAAAUGUAAAGAUAUGUUUAUUCGCCAUGCUUUAAUCCCCAAUUUUGUGUGUUUGUUGUUGCUGAAAUACAUAUGUUUCCAUUGUAAUGUAAAUUUGAAUUCUCUCUUCUGACCUUAUAAAGGUAUAUUUUCCCCCCCAAAAAAAUCGACAUUGAGCAAUUUAAACACAAUUUUUGAGUGAUUCCAUUGUGAAAUUUCAUAGAAUUUCAUACUAGGCUUCCAUGUAUUAAUUUUGAAAAUGUGAGAUUUACUCCCUUUACUAGAAACAGGCGCGUAGCCAGGGGGG